AUACGGCUAUUAUCAACGCAUAUCGGAUUGUUAGAACUUCGGGAUCGACAAAGGAGCAUAAGGAGUUUCGUUAUGAUCUUGUGUGGAACCUUAUAAAUUUUGCAAAUGAUGAUGGUGGUGUUAAACUGAGAAAAAAUUCAGUAGAAACCAAACCAGAAAAUGAAACAAAGCGACCGAAGGCAACAAAACAUUUCGAGCUCUCGGACAAAUGGCUUAUUCCUGGGAACCACUUAGUUGAGUGGAGGGAACAGCGCGUGGCAUGUCGAUGGUGUACAUGGCUUGCAAAUAAAAAUGAAUUGGAUAUGGAUCGUAAGUUACCACAUAGAAGUAGUUUUUGGUGUGUGUCGUGUAAUGAACCUCUUUGCUGUAAUAAUGACAGGAAUUGUUUUUUACAAUUCUAUACCACUAAAUAA